UUAUGUGAAAUCACAACUAAUGAUGAUUGGCCUUAUGUGGUUUGUCGGGCCCCCAACAACCACAAGGUUUUGCUCCGUGCUGUGAGGUUCUCCGUAGCGCCAGAAAAUCUCCUUCAUAACCCGAUUGCUUGGAACCACGUAGUAGGAUCAAGGCCCGAUCCGCUCCGUCCGACAUCUUUCUUUCAUGAUGGCGAAGAUAAGGGCCAUACGUAUCAUGACAUAAAGACAUUUGAUGACAAUAAUCGUAAUACAAAACAAAAGCAGUUCGCACGAUUGAAUGAGAUAUUUCGUCAAAGUAACUCUGAAGAAAAGAAUAAUAUACCUAUGAAGGACUUCAAACAUCGUGAAAAAUCUUCAGAUUUGAAUAAUAUCAACAAUGACAAGCAACAGAUUGGGUCAGAAAAUCCAAUAAAUGCAAAUGCAACAACGCCUGACAUUUUGAGCAAUAAAAAUAAAUCUAUAAACGAUUUUAACCAUAAACUCAGAAUCCGGUUCAGAAACGACUCCGAAUCUAUUGGCAAGAUCGUUGGCGGAACCCACUCUGAGCCAGCCACCUGGCCCUGGUCUGUUUCCAUUCAGUACUUGGGGUCGGACUUCAUGUGGUACCACUUCUGUGGGGGAAGCCUCGUGCAUUCCCACUGGAUCAUCACAGCAGCACACUGUGUCAGCCAGUUAGAGGAUUACACUGUACGAAUAGUUCUUGGAGAGUAUCAGCUGAGUCAUCUGUCCUUACACGAGCAGGUUGUCAACCCUGUCAGGAUGUACAUGCACGGAUUCUUCGACACAAACACUUACCUGUAUGACAUAGCAAUGGUUAAGCUAGAACGUGACGCAAUGAUGACGUCAUAUGUACAACUUGUGGAGCAAAUCUCGCCAAAACAGGACACAGCUAACAACCAUGACAACUGCUUCAUCGCCGGGUGGGGUAACACUGUUGGCACUGUGGACCAGUCUUUCUUUUCCGACUACCUUCAACAGAGCGAGAUGACGGUCCUCUCCCACACCGAAUGUCGCGUGUACAACUAUGUCGUAUCCGACUCGCAACUUUGUAUCUUUAGUCACGUGGCCUCCGCUUGCUCGGGGGAUAGCGGAGGCCCGCUGGUGUGCGCUGUAGGACAUGAGUGGAGGCUGACAGGUAUCGCGUCUUACAUAGGCAGCAGCACGUGCGCACCGUCUUACCCGAACGUCUACACACGUUCGUCAUUCUACGCCGACUGGUUUAAAGCGGUUAUAAAUACUAAAUAACAUGAACUGUUUUGUUUUAUUUAUAUUGGAAUAUUUCCGUACUGCGAUUCUUGUGACAAUGUGAAUGUAAUACAUUACAACGUAUGCAAGAUAUACUGAUGUUUGGUACGUAUUUAGCUUCAUUCCGCGUUUGUGUAUAAACGAUUUUAAUGUGCUUAUUCCCGGAAACUUGCCAUUGUAAAAACAACUGUGUUAUU